AUGACCGCCCUCUGGAACCUGCGAAUAGCUUUGCUCACGGGGCUGGCCGUCACUCUCCUAGGCGCAUUCUACGUCUACCAGUCACCAUCGCCUCUGGAUUUCACAAUACCGCAUCGCACAUCAGGCAACGGCUUACCCGGACUCGAAUUAUCGCUCAGCCAGAAAUCUCGAGAUCCGCCUACUCUCCUUGUGACUGUGGAGAACAAUCACUCCGACACAACGUACACGGUACUCAAAUGGAACACGCCACUGGAUCCGUACGCACUCGACGCGGGCGUCUUCAACAUAGUAGACGAAACUAGCCACCGCGAGAUAGAACAGGCUAUAAUACAUAUUACCCGCAAGAUGCCGCCGCCUCCGAACCAGUUGUUGACGUUAGCGCCUGGUAUGCGAGAAGAGGUUGAGAUAGUGUUUCAUAGACCAUGGAUGCCAGAGCGCAGGCCUUCAAAGUACAGAGUUAGUGCUGAAGGAGUAUUCAAGGGCGCGUGGGCAAAGCAUCGAGAUGAAUUGACAAAGGACGAGUUAUACGCUUUUGCGGAAAGUCCGUUCAGUGGGCGGAGAUUCGCAACGAAUGAAGUUAUUGUGGAAAUUUAA